GCAACCCAGACUUCCAGGGGUUGGUCCUCAACACAGCGGAGUCGGAGACUGAGGUUAUUUGUUGGCAUGUCUGGGAAAACUUCCAGGGAUAAAGACUUUCCCUGCGCAAUUUAUGCUCAUUUUUUCCUCGCUGCUGCUGUUUCUCUAUCUGAGCCAGGAAAGCGUUUGCUGCCUUUCAGGACACACUCACACUAAGUGCGGAGAGUAAACGGGAAGAAUUCCGGUGGAUGGAGGUUUAGAUUUUAGAAGAAAGUGAGCGGCAUCUGUUUACAGAAGUAAGAUGCACCGAUUUUGCGUUUUGGACCGCUCAUCGGCGCUGCGACUAAAUGAAUGAAGUGAAUAUCUGAGAAAUGUUUAUCCAAAUGACCGAGCGCGUUUACUUACAGCACUUAUAACAGGUCGUGACUGAUGUAAACUUAAUAACUUUUUUCACCUAACGUCUUUUUCUACUAACUACGGAAAUCUGUAUCGGAGGGAUCGUGUUGGGGGUGUUUGAAGGCUACACCUGAGCUUACUGAAGUCAUGAUUUGAAAGUCUUGGAUACCAGUCCUUGAUAUGCAGCAGCGGUAAUCUACCAUCCGACUUAUGACACUUUGUUGGUUUUGUUUCAGCUGUCUAUUUACUGAAAUUAAACUUGUAAUAUGACAGCCAUGUGGAGGGUCAUGUUUGUGUAUUGCUUGGCAUUGGCAGUGUUGCUGUCAGAUGGUAGCACACCUGAUGGUAAACAGGCUGGUCUGAGGCAGCCGUCAACCUCAGUAUCAAGACAAGACAAAAGGUCUCUCUCCCGGCCAGUUCGAACCAAAGUUAAUGAGAAGCCAGGAGAAAUGCAAAAAGAUGAAGCCAGCACAACUCAAAACAGAAGGGUGUUCAGCCGGACAAGAGGCAUGCAGGGUGGUUUAGAGAGCCUCCAGAGGGAUGGCCGUGUGCCUGGAGCACGGGCUGCCCUGUCCCGCAUGCCCAGCUCUGCUGGAUCUCCCAAUCUGCUGGCCACGUUUGCAGGAAAAAAUCGCCUACUGGUCAUCUCAGCCCCUCAUGAGUCAGAUGGCUAUUACAGGCUCAUGAUGAGCCUGCUCAAACCAGAUGUGUAUUGUGAGCUGGCUGAACGUCAUGUGCACCAGAUUGUGAUCUUUCACCAGGAGGGUGAGAUGGGUGGGAAAGUCAGACGAAUUACCAAAGAGGGCAAAGUCAUGGAGGAGCCUCUGGAUACAGCCCUCAUUCCAAGGCUCAUGAACUUCCUCAAGUUAGAAAAGGGUAAGUUUGGCAUGGUGCUCUUGAAAAAGACACUGCAGGUGGAGGAACGUUACCCAUACCCAGUUAGGCUGGAGGCCAUGUAUGAGGUAAUAGACCAGUCGCCUGUACGAAAGAUGGAGAAGUUGAGACAAAAGGGUUUUGUGCAGAACUGUAAGGAGGCAGGAGUGGAGGGUCAGGUAAUCGAGGGCAUUCCUAGCACUAGAACCCAGGUUAACCCCCCAAUUGUGAGAAAACCAGAGAGAAAAGAGGAAAAUCAAGUUACUACCUUGUCAUCUACUACUACUUCUGUUACUACUACAAGGCCCACCACUACUACCACAAGUACAACCACCACCCGGCUUCCUACCACUUAUCCUACAACAACCGCUCGCCCUACCUUUCGUUCUACACAGGCCACCGCUAUCAUCCAGACAACAACAAAAGCUCACAUGUCCGCAAAAUCAAACACCCAAUCUAAGACCAAGAAUGAUAAUGGGGAUCAGUCUAAGAAAAAAACUAUUCAACCCACCACUCCUUCUUACUUCUAUACCAAAGCAUACACUACCCAAAAUGGAGACAAUCGUACUGACAGAAAGGACUACACUCGUAAACAACCUAGUAUUCUUCCAAGGCAGCACAAGCCAAACAAAUCUAAGCCACCAAAGAAAAAGGAUGGAGAUAGUGGUCUGAGUAAUGCAUAUAUAGAUAAGUAUAAUGUUGGCAAACCUACAGAUACCUAUCCUGUGGAAAAAGAGACUGAUGGUGUUUCGCUAAAGAAAGUCAAAGACAAGCAAAACAAGACAGAGAAAACAAACAAAAAGGAUAAAUCAGACAAUCCACCAAAGAAGAAGUCUAAAAGAAAAGGGAAGGAAGAUGGAGGAAAAUCAGAGAGGAAAGAAAAGGAAGAGAAGAUUAGGAAUAAAAUGAGCAAGAAGAUUGAAAAAGAAAAAAACUACCAGAAACCUACGAAGAAACCACUACCUUCUACAAAGGGAGCUCUGGAAACCUUUUUGGAAUAUUUUGAAAACCGAAGGCGAUUAAUUCUCAUAACUGCUCCAUCAGAGGAGAACAGAAUGUAUGUGCAGCAGAGGGAUGAAUACCUAGAACAUGUGUGUGAAAUGGCUAUCAGGAAGGUCUCUAUUAUCACCAUCUUUGGCACUUUGACCAACAGUACCAUGAAAAUUGAUCAUUACCAGCUUGAAAAUGACAAACCUAUGAAAGUCCUGAGGCAGGAGGAUCUCGUGAACCAGGAGCUAAUCACAGAUCUCAGGAAAGAGUUCAGAAUGACCUACAAUGAUUUCUAUAUGGUGCUUACUGAUAUGGACAUGAAAUGGAAGCAAUUUUAUGAGGUUCCAAUUGCCAUGAAAGCUGUAUUUGGCUACAUCGACACAUUCUCCUCUCGCAUCAGAGAAAUGGAGCACCAAAAACGAGAUGGAGUGACGUGUAAAAAGGAAGACAAGCAACGGUCAUUGGAGAACUUUCUCUCCAGAUUCCGCUGGAGACGCAGACUUCUUGUGAUAUCGGCUCCCAAUGAUGAAGAGUGGGCCUAUCAGCAGCAACUCUAUGCCAUGUCCAGCCAGGCAUGCAACCUGGGGCUUCGUCAUAUUUCUGUUUUAAAGCUGCUGGGGACUGAUAUGGUAGACAUGGGUGGAGUGUUGGAGCUUUAUCCCAUUAAUGGGAGUGCGACAGUGGACCGUGAGGGCUUGUCAGCAACACUAGUGAGGGACAUCAGAAAUUACUUCCAGAUCAGCCCUGAAUAUUUCUCCAUGUUGCUGGUGGGCAAGGAUGGCAAUGUGAAGUCAUGGUACCCAUCACCAAUGUGGUCCAUGGCCAACAUUUAUGAUCUUAUAGACUCCAUGCAGCUACGUAGGCAGGAGAUGGCCAUCCAGCAGAGCCUGGGCAUGCGCUGCCCUGAAGACGAGUAUGGUUCCUAUGGCUACCACCAUGGUUACCACAAUGGCUACCAGGAGGGAUAUCAUGAAGGAUAUGGUUACUAAAGGCUAUAAGUCAGUCUGUGAGCCAUCCAGAAUGGUCUGUAUUUUCCAAUGAACUGAAUUUCAGUGUCAGAGGCCAUACACCAUUUUUUUCCCAUUACCGUUUGAAUUGUUGUAUUUCUUAUAUGGGUUUAUCAUCUCGCCCUGCCUGAUGAUAUAAUGUUUUUCAGCCAAUGGCAUAACAGUUUGUAGAUAAAUGCUGAUAUAUUUUUGAUUUAUAUUCUGGAUGAUAAUUUUCAGGGUCACAUACAUACAUACAUACACUGUGUCCUUAUUUAUAAUGAUGUUAAUAAACAGCUUUUGGCCAUUAACAUUCCACA